UUUUGAUUGGCCACGUCAGUACAAAUUUGCCAUACUCAAUGUUUUCAUGAGCUAAAACCGAAACGCAAUACGAAAACGUUUCACCAACGGCGACGGAGGGAGCAGAAUACAGAUACAGUAAACAUUUACAAACGUUAAAGAAAUUCUCGUCGGAAUUACGAUGUCUUCUGGAUAUAGAGAUAGAUCUAGAGACAGCAGAGACGAUCGUUAUUCAGACAGUCAAAGGAAGUCUCAUGGCAGCCAGAUGCACAGAGACAGACAGCGAAAAUACAGCCCUGAUAGACAAAGGUCUAGCCAUCAGAGAAAAGAUCGCAGUCGAAGCAGAGAAAUAUUUGAACAUAAGUCAAGAGAACGAAAAAGAAGUGCGUCCAGAAGCGUUGAGCGAGAAAGACAUAAAGCAAAGAAUUCUAGACACUCAGAUUCUGUCAGACCUUCAAAAUCUCACAAGUCGAGAAGUAAAAGAGCAGAUGAUUCUGACAGUUCCCCUGAAAGAAAAAAGAAAAAGAAAAGAAAAAAGUCACGUUCUAGUUCAUCUAGUAGUUCAUCUUCAAACAGCUCAGCUUCCUCUGCAGAUUCAACCAAGCUCAUGAAGCGCUUACAUGAAGAAAGGCAAAAACAGGUUGAACGUAAAUUGAAAGAGAAGGAACGAUUAAAAGCUACGGAGACACCUGAAGAAAAACGGCUAAGGAGGCUUCUGAAGAAAGAAGCAAAAGAGAGAAAGCGGAAAGAGCGAAUGGGCUGGGAUAAUGAUUACCUUCAUUACACAAAUACGGACAAUCCAUUUGGAGAUGGAAACUUGCUCUCCACUUUUGUAUGGGGUAAGAAGCUAGAUCGUGAAGGCCUUACAGGCCUCAGCAGAGAAGACCUAGAAAUAAGGAACCGACAGAAACAAGAAGAGAAUAAGCGGGAAUUGGAAAAGGUUAAGAAGCGCCGUCAAGAAAGAGAAUUGGAAAGGCAGCAGAGAGAGGAAGAAACUGCUCUCUUACAACGGAACAAGGAGGCUGCCCAGUUCCAGGAGUGGGAACGUCAGGAAGACCAGUUUCAUCUUGAACAAGCUAGGCUCAGAUCACGCAUCCGCAUGCAGGAUGGAAGAGCUAAGCCCAUUGAUCUUCUGGCAAAGUACAUCAGUUCAGAGGAGGAUGUAGAUGCAGUUGAGAUGCAUGAACCUUAUACUUAUUUGAAUGGUUUAGCAACCCAAGACUUAGAAGAUUUGAUUGAAGAUAUUAAAGUUUACAAGGAACUUGAGCGGGGUAGAAAUCUUGAUUAUUGGCAUGACAUCACUGUAAUUGUUGAAGAUGAGUUGCACAAGCUCCGAAAAUUGCAAAAACAAAAUGAAUAUGAUUCAGCUGUGGGUCGCCGUGAAGGAAUACAUCAAGCAGUAGCCAAAGAUGUCUCCUCAGUUUUCAAGGGAAAGACAGCAACUCAAUUGGAAGAACUUCAAACUAAGAUCGAGAGCAAAAUAAGAAAUAAGGUGGAAGGCUUAGACAUAGGUUAUUGGGAGAGCCUCCUUAGUCAAUUGAAAGCUCACAUGGCAAGAGCACGUUUAAGAGAUCGCCAUCAAGAAAAUUUGCGCAAGAAGCUUCAAGUUCUGAAAGCAGAACAAGGAGUUGCUGGGGAAGGAGAGGCUGAAAAUCAACCUUCCACCUCCUCAGCUGUAGAUCCUAAGAAUGAAAAAAUUGUUGAAGAAGAAGCAGCAAAUAGUGAUGAAGAUGAAGAGAAUGAAGAGGAUGAAGAUGACAAUGAAGAUGAAGAGAAUGCGGCCAAUGACAUGCUGCGUGAGAGCUUUGCUGACUACGACUCUGGUGGAUAUUCCCCUCGAUACUUACAAUCAAGUGAUCUUGAACCUGGAACCCUGGUUAUAUCUGAAGAGGAUGAUCUUCAGCGUGUGGAGUUUGCACGCCUACAGAUCACCCAAGGAGCUGGGCAACGGGUGGAGAAUGUUAUUACUGCAGAGGAGAGGGCACUACAAAGAGAAGCCCGAAAAGGGAUGGCAGGGGAUGAAGCUGAAUUUUCAGUUGAAACUCAGCUUGACACUCAGGUUUACCUUUGGUCAGAUAAAUACCGGCCUCGUAAGCCUCGUUACUUUAACAGAGUACACACUGGAUUUGAAUGGAAUAAGUACAACCAGACCCAUUAUGAUAUGGAUAAUCCUCCUCCCAAGAUUGUCCAAGGUUAUAAAUUUAACAUUUUCUACCCUGAUCUGAUAGAUAAGGGUGCUACACCAGAAUACUUCCUAACUCCAUGCCCAGAGAAUAAGGACUUUGCUCUUCUUCGCUUUCAUGCUGGUCCACCAUAUGAAGACAUAGCAUUCAAGAUUGUAAACAGAGAGUGGGAAUACUCAUACAAACGUGGAUUUCGAUGUCAGUUUCAUAACAACAUAUUUCAAUUGUGGUUCCAUUUCAAACGCUACAGGUAUCGAAGAUAGACCAUCAGAUUUUUAUCAUACUUUUGUCUUUCCUUUUUUUGUUGUCAUUUGCUCAUUACAUUUUCUAAAUAAAAGCCACACCAAUGUA